GGUCCACAGCAAGUUCUUCAUCCAUGAACGCGCCGCCGCACGCCGUGCUUAUCCCUUACCCAACCGCAGGCCACUUGAACCCCAUGCUCGAGCUGGCCAAGCUGCUCCACUCCAAAGGCUUCUUCAUCACCUUCGUCAACACGGAGUUCAGCCAUCAGCAGCUACUGAAGACUGUUGGAUCAGAUGUGAUGAGCGCCAUGAACAAUCUCCGGUUCGAAACCAUCGCCGACGGCGUCUCGCAAUCUGACAGCGAGAGCCCGGAUCAUGUCUUCAGAGUUUGGUUCCUGAUACAGAAGAACUCUCCUGCUCCACUGAGAGACCUCAUACUGAAGCUCCACUCCUCCUCGGAUCUGCCCCCUCUCACCUGCAUCGUCACCAACUUCCUGAUGAACUUUACGCGAGGCGUGGCGGAGCAGCUCGGCGUUCCGGAGUUGGUCUUCUGGACCACGAGCGCUUGUGGCCUUAUGGUCUCUCUUCAGCUGGGUGAGCUCAUCCGAAGAGGAUUCGUCCCGCUCAAAGAUGAGGGUUGCUUGACGAAUGGAUAUCUGGACACCACCGUGGACUGGAUCCCUGGAAUGCGAGAGAUGCGCCUCAGAGACCUCUCCAGUUUCAUCAGAACAACGAAUCAUGACGACAUCCUCGUUAAGACGGAGAUGGAGGAAGUAGAUUACGCAUCCAAGGCGUGGGGUGUGAUACUCAACACAUGCGACGACAUGGAACGCGAGGUUUUGGGUGCCCUGAGAAGCUUCUUCCCUCGCAUCUACACGCUCGGCGCAAUGGGAGAGCUCGUCGACCAGAUAGGGGGCGGCUUAAUGGCUUCGACGCGCUUAAGCGUUUGGCGAGAGGAUCGCAGUUGCAUGGAGUGGCUGGACUCGCAGAGCGAGGCCUCGGUCAUCUAUGUCAGCUUCGGAAGCCUCACGGUCCUGACGGCCCACCAGCUGGCGGAGUUCGCAUGGGGCCUCGCCGGCACCGACCACCCCUUCCUGUGGAUCAUCAGGCCUGACAUGGUCGACGGUGGGGUCAGGACUGCCCUGCCGGAAGAAUUCAUUGCGGCAACAAAAGGGAGGAGCUUCUUCGCGAGCUGGUGCCAUCAGGGACAGGUCCUCGCCCACCGUUCCGUAGGCGGCUUCCUGACGCACGGCGGCUGGAACUCGAUGCUGGAGAGCGUCCUCAGCGGCGUGCCAUUGAUUUGCUGGCCAACCUUUGCGGAUCAGUACACGAAUUGCCGGUACGCUUGCGUGCACUGGGGAUUCGGCUUGGAGGUCGACCAGGAGGUGACGAGAGGACAAGUCAGUGACCGCGUUAGGGAGCUAAUGGAAGGGGGAAAAGGGAAGGAGAUGAGGGAGAGGUCCAAGAAAUGGAAAGAGAUGGCCAAGCAAGCCACAAGACGAGGUGGAUCUUCUCACAUGAACCUGGAUAGAUUAGCUGAGGAUUUAAGUAUCAAGGAGACGCAAUCGGAAUCAUGAUUUGAAGUCAGCUUGCAGUCUUGGAUUUUCUUCAUGGUUCAUCAAUUUCCCAAAAUUCUUGGACUGAUUCAGAACCACUUCAGAAUCUAAACAAGCAAAAUGAACCCCCAACGCAUGCAACAGAGACAACAGAAAUUGGACUCAUUUUGGGGGACGAUCAUUUCGGCAUGAAAAAUUUGAGAUUCCAAAGAAGUUGCAUUGAACGGAUGUCUUGCAAAAAUAAUAAUUUGAAUAAAAAUUAGACCAAAGAGUUUGGCGUCGCAGCGCUCU